AUGGCAGUCUCAGUCACACAUAGCGCUUCCGGCCUCUUACUCGAACCUCUCCCUAAUCUCGACAUUCCCACUCGCCACACUGUGAGCCAUGCGUUGCACCGGAUCAAGUUCGUCGGAACUCUGGGGCAAUGGACCAACUUCAAGACAGAAGUCGCAAACACCUACAACAGCCAGACAUGGAACCCGCACGAAAUAGCGUCCAGGUUGACAGCUAACUUCGUCGCCGGUUCAGUCCACGAAGAGCAAGUUUUCGUGAGUGACGAGCGCGGUGUGCAAGGCAGACUCGAGGGACGAGCAGGAAUAGCUCUAGGAGCUGUCUUCGGGGCCCAGAACCAUGAUCUUAAGCUAGGUGCCUCUAAGGGUGCUUUGCCGCCGUAUCCAGGAUACAAAAAAGCCCCUGACUUUGUGCUUAUGACCUCGGCUCACAAAGCAAAGGUUGUGGGAGAAGUCAAGGUUCCCUGGAUACGCGAGCACAACCUAAGGAAGUUGAUCACUGAGUUUGAGUCUGGGGCUAAGCAAGAUCAUUUCCGGCACGUACUAGGCCAAAUUGCGGAGUACAUGUUCGACUCACGCUUGAAGUAUGGGUUCUUGACUACGUACGAGCACACGGUUUUUCUUCGAAAGGGGGACGUCGGUCGAGCUUGGGGACUGGAGUAUUCUCCGGUGAUUUACCACAGUGACAGAGGAAGUACUUCAGGCAGGACGGUGUCAUUUUGUCAGAGUCUCUACCAUAUUGGAUUAUUAGCCCUCGCGGACUCGAAUUUUGACACUAGCACAGGCAUGCGGAACCAGAAGUGGACGGUUCCCUUAUAA